AUGGCAGAUCUAGAGGACGCAGGACCAGUUGAUUCGUCGGUCCUGACAGAGAAGCAUCUCCAUAUGUCUGGAUUUAUCAGGACGUUGCUCGAUCUUCUACGACAAGCCGGAUUCUACUACAUAUCACUUCUUAGGCACGUGCAGCUAGAUCAGGUUUUGUUAGGAGCUAUGAUUGAGAGAUGGAGACGAGAGACACAUACUUUCCACUUCCGCCAUGGUGAAAUUACAAUUACACUUCAUGAUAUUGCGGUUAUUUCUGGUCUUCAUGUGGAUGGUGAGCCCGUGACUGGUACUACACUGCACCCGUGGUCGGAUAUUUGUCAGGCACUUUUAGGAGCUGUGCCAGAUGACAUCAUGGCUGGUCAGAUCAGACUGGAUUGGUUAUAUCAGUAUUACUACCACAUACAAUUGGAUGCCCCCCCUCUUUCAGGUGUUUUGAGACCUUGUUGCAGAUGA